AUGGCAGAACAUACCGGAUCAGCAAACACCAACGGACUGGGAGGUUCAGGAGCGUCAUCCGCUGAAGCAAGCGACAAGCUUGCCAGCACUGGAGAUCAAGCUGUGGCUCCAUUCUACGACAUAGUAACAGCAUCAACACCACAUGGCGAAGUUCCUCCCACUACUGGCUUGGAUACCACUCAAUCGCCUAGAACAAACGAGAGGUCUUCUAUGUCCUCCGGUACCGACAUCUCCGAAGACUCGCCUGUCGCACGAAAUGGCUCCAGAUUCGAGCCCCUCAAAACAGUCCCUACGGCUAGAGAUGAACGGCCAGAGUACGUCACGAGGAAAAGUAUCCAGACCGACGACGAUCUAUUCAGGGUCUUGUCCAAGCGACGGACUAGCGCUUCAGGAAAAUCCCAUGCCGAACUUCAGGAGGAAGACGACGAGAUCGAGCGUCUCAUGUCCCGCAUGUUCGGUAGGGCUCGCCAGGAGCACAGUGAAGAGGAGAAGACACGCCACAGUGGUGUUGUCUUCAGAAAUCUUACUGUGAAAGGUGUUGGUUUAGGAGCGAGCCUUCAUGCUACCGUCGGUGACCUCUUUAUGGGAUUACCUCGCACGAUAAAGACACUUCUGAGGAGAGGUCCGAAGGCCGCUUCCGGAAAACCUCCCGUCCGCGACCUUCUGAGCAGUUUUGAUGGUUGCGUUCGUCCUGCCGAAAUGCUACUAGUUCUAGGAAGGCCAGGCUCGGGUUGCUCAACCUUCCUCAAAGCUUUCUGUAAUCAGCGAGAAGGGUUCGAAGCGGUUGAAGGAGAUGUCAGCUAUGGUGGAACCGAUGCCAAAACAAUGAAAAAGGACUUCCGAGGUGAGGUCAUCUACAACCCCGAAGAUGAUCUGCAUUACGCCACUCUCACGGUCAAACGCACCUUGUCGUUCGCGCUAAAGACUAGAACGCCCGGCAAAGAGUCUAGAAUGGAAGGCGAAUCACGAGCAGACUACAUGAAAGAGUUCCUGCGUGUUGUCACCAAAUUGUUCUGGAUUGAGCACACACUGAACACCAAAGUCGGUGAUGAAUUUGUGCGAGGUGUUUCUGGUGGUGAAAAGAAACGAGUCAGCAUUGCAGAAGCUAUGAUCACGAGGGCGUCAGUCCAAGGGUGGGACAAUUCAAGCCGAGGUCUCGACGCCAGUACAGCCUUGGAGUACGUCCAGUCCAUUCGAACGUUGACCAACAUGGCGCAUACCUCGACGGCGGUCUCCCUGUACCAAGCCGGCGAGUCUUUGUACGAACUGGUGGACAAGGUCCUCCUAAUCGACGAAGGGAAAUGUCUUUACUUUGGUCCAUCAGACACCGCCAAACAAUACUUCCUCGAUUUAGGAUUCGACUGCCCGGCGCGAUGGACGACGGCUGAUUUCCUCACUUCUGUCACCGAUGUACAUGCCCGAUCAAUUCGGGAGGGCUGGGAAGACCGCAUUCCGCGCAAUGCAGCCGAAUUCUCGGCUUUGUACCGCAAAAGUGAUGUAUACCAGCGCAAUCUGGAAGACAUCACAGAUUUCGAAUCGCAACUUGAGCAACAGCGUCAGACCCGGGCCGACAACACAUCGAAGAAGAACAAGAAGAAGAAUUACACGAUUCCGUUCCACAAGCAGGUCAUUGCUUGUACAGAGCGUCAAUUCCUGGUGAUGAUUGGAGAUCGGGCUUCCUUGUUUGGCAAAUGGGGUGGUAUCGUUUUCCAGGGUCUUAUCGUCGGAAGCUUGUUCUGGCAAAUGCCCAAAACGUCAGCCGGUGCUUUCCCACGUGGUGGUGCCAUUUUCUUCGUCCUGCUUUUCAACGCGUUGCUGGCUUUGGCCGAGAUGACUGCUGCUUUCUCCUCGAAACCUAUCCUUCUCAAGCACAAGUCAUUCUCGUUCUAUCGUCCUGCAGCAUACGCCAUCGCUCAGACCGUCGUCGAUGUACCUCUCGUGGCCAUCCAGGUAUUCCUGUUCAAUGUUAUUAUCUAUUGGAUGGGCGGACUCGCUGCAUCAGCGUCUCAAUUCUUCAUUUCAUGUCUGAUCAUCUGGAUAACGACCAUGACUACCUAUGCAUUCUUCAGAUCGAUAUCAGCCCUCUGCAAGACUCUCGACGAUGCUACGAGAUUCACCGGCGUUUCGAUUCAGAUCCUUGUCGUCUACACAGGCUAUCUGAUUCCUCCGAGUCAGAUGCAUCCGUGGUUUAGCUGGCUGCGAUGGAUCAACUGGAUCCAGUACGGUUUCGAAUGUCUUAUGGCAAACGAAUUCACUGGACUGAGCAUGGCUUGUGAACCACCUUAUCUGGUUCCCACCGGCGUGCCAAAUGUCCAGUCUCAAUACCAGUCCUGCGCAUUGGCCGGCAGUGUCGCUGGCCAGACCAAUGUGAGUGGUGCACGAUAUAUCUUGGAGUCGUUCACGUACACUCGCGCCCAUCUAUGGCGGAACUUCGGCUUCAUCUGGGCAUUCUUCUUCUUCUUCCUUGCCGUCACCGCCUUAGGUAUGGAGAUCAUGAAGCCGAAUGCCGGAGGAGGCGCUAUUACCGUCUUCAAACGUGGCCAGGUCCCGAAGAAGGUUGAGGAAUCAAUUGAAACGGGCGGCCGAGAGAAGAACACCAAUGCAGAUGAAGAGUCGGCGGCUGCUGGGACCAACGAGAAACUGACCAACACCAGCAACGACAGCAGUGGAUCAUCCAGCACGAAACAAGAAGACACAACCAUGCAGCAUGUCGCAAAGAACGAAACGAUCUACACCUUCAGAGACGUGAACUAUGUCAUUCCCUAUGAAAAGGGCGAACGGAAACUUCUAUCAAAUGUCCAGGGCUACGUCCGUCCGGGCAAGCUCACCGCACUAAUGGGCGCCAGUGGAGCCGGCAAGACCACCCUCCUCAACACGCUGGCUCAACGCAUGAACUUCGGUACCGUCACCGGCGAGUUUCUGGUCGAUGGCAGGCCUCUCCCCAAAUCGUUCCAACGCGCCACCGGUUUCGCCGAGCAAAUGGAUGUGCACGAGCCAACGUCCACUGUUCGAGAAGCACUUCGCUUUUCGGCCCUCCUCCGUCAGCCGCGCGAAGUGCCCACCGAAGAGAAGUACGCGUACUGCGAGACCAUCAUCGACCUCCUAGAAAUGCGCGACAUCGCCGGCGCCACCAUCGGCAUGAUCGGCGAAGGUCUCAACCAAGAACAACGCAAACGUCUGACAAUUGGGGUCGAACUCGCCAGUAAGCCCGAACUACUCAUGUUUCUCGACGAGCCAACCUCAGGUCUUGACUCGGGCGCAGCCUUCAACAUCGUCCGGUUCCUCCGCAAACUCGCCGACGCAGGGCAAGCCAUUCUGUGUACCAUCCAUCAGCCGUCCGCCGUCCUGUUCGAACACUUCGACGAACUCCUACUGCUCAAAUCUGGUGGGCGGGUGGUCUACCAUGGACCAUUAGGUCAAGACUCGCAAGACCUGAUAGGCUACUUCGAGGGCAAUGGCGGCAACAAAUGUCCCAAGGACGCCAAUCCGGCAGAGUACAUGCUCGAGGUCAUCGGCGCAGGCGACCCCAAUUACAAGGGUAAAGACUGGGGCGACGUCUGGGAGAACAGCCCGAACCACAAACAACGCGCGGACGAGAUCGCAGAUAUGAUUUCCCGCAGAAAAUCCACAGAACAAUCCAAGAACAUACGGGAUGAUCGCGAGUACGCCAUGCCCCUGACGACACAGACUGCAGCCGUUGUGCGCAGGGCGUUUAUCUCCUACUGGCGCACGCCAAAUUAUAUCGUCGGCAAAUUCAUGCUGCAUGCCAUGACUGGACUGUUCACCACCUUCACAUUCUACCAUCUCGGCUAUGCGACCAUCGAUUUCCAGUCGAGGUUGUUCGCAGUGUUCAUGACGCUCACGAUUUCUCCACCACUGAUUCAGCAGCUACAGCCUGUCUUUUUGAACUCCAGAAAUAUCUUCCAGAGCCGCGAGAAUAAAGCCAAGAUCUACAGCUGGGCCGCUUGGACCACGGGCGCGAUCGUCGUCGAGAUCCCGUACUCGUUGAUCGCGGGCACAGUGUACUACUGCUGCUGGUGGUUCGGGUUCCAGGGCUACCGCCACACCACCACCAGUUUCACCUCGGGAUUCUUGUUCCUGUGUAUAUGUCUGUUCGAGCUAUACUACGUCAGUUUCGGGCAGGCGAUCGCCUCAUUCUCACCGAAUGAGUUGCUGGCCAGUCUAUUGGUGCCGGUGUUUUUCCUGUUCGUCGUGAGUUUCUGCGGCGUGGUGGUUCCACCGGCGCAGCUGCCUUAUUUCUGGCGGAGUUGGAUGUAUUGGCUUACACCGUUCCACUACCUUCUCGAAGCGAUGCUCGGGGUCAUCAUCCACGACCAACCCGUACAAUGCAAGGGUAGCGAAUUCGCGCGCUUCUCCGCCCCACCGGGCGAGACGUGCGCGUCCUACGUUGACCCUUACAUCAAAUUGGCAGGAGGGUACGUGCAAGUCGCGUCGGACGGGCUCUGCGAGUUCUGCCAGUACGCGACGGGCGAUCAAUUCGGAGAGGGGUUUAGUAUCUAUUACUCGCACAAGUGGCGUGAUUUCGGCAUCUUUUUGGGCUUUAUCGCCUUCAAUUACGCUGUUGUCUACUUUGCGACGUAUUUGAGGUUCAAGGCUAAGAAUCCGGUGAGCAGUCUGUUACAGAAGCGGAAAUCGAAGGGCUAG